GCGUUUGUGGACUUUGAGGCGCCCGACGAGGCGUCGCGCGCGCUGCGGGAGAAGGACCACAAGGUGUUCCACGAGAAGUUUGGCGACCGCUACGUGCGCCUCAUCCAGGUGUCCCGCAAGGAGAUGCAGGCCACGCUCGCGCUGCGCUUUGGGGGCGAGGGCAUCCUGAAGGUCAAGGGCAUCCCCUUCAAGGCCGGCCCCGGGGACGUGCGCAAGUUCUUCUCGGGCUACAAGAUCAAGCCCGACGGCGUGAGCUUCAUAAUGCACCAGGACGGCCGCCCCACGGGCAUGGCGUUCAUCGAGUUUGAGACGCCGCAGGAGGCGGUGCGCGCGAUGGAGAAGGACCGCGCCAAGUUUGGGCCCGAGUACGGGGACAGGUUCUGCAUGCUGCAGCUGGUGGGGCGCCACGAGAUGGACAAGGUCACGCUGCAGCGGGAGGGCGACGGCGGCGGCCACAACAAGAUGAUGGUGCGCGGGGACACCCUGGGGGUGUCUUGCCGCCGGCGGCGGGGUGGCAUGAACGGCGCCAACGCGGCCGCCGCGAUGCAGAUGCUGCAGAGCAUGCUGUCCAACCCCGCUAACCUGUCCGUCAUGAUGGCCAACUCGCCCUGGAUGGCGCAGCACCUCCUCGGCAUGGCCGGCCCUCCCGGCGGCGGCCAGCACCCCGGCCACCUCGGCCAGAUGCCGCCCUCCACCGCGCCGCCCGGCGGCAUGCCGCCCGUCGACCCCGGCGCGCUCGCGGCCGCGGCGCAGUUCGGCCAGCAGCUCGGCGCGGCGGGCGUCGGCAACAUCACGGGCGCGCUAAACGGCCUCGGGCUGGGGCCGCUGCAGCACCCCCCGGGCCAGCAGGGCGGCGGGCAGGGCCAGGGCGGCCACAUGCAGCAGCACUCGCCGCCGAGCGACGUCGGGUCUGGGUGGAUGCCCAACGCGCCGCCAGACAACAUGGUGUUCUACCAGAACGCCGCGGGCAACAACGGCAUGGAGCGCACGUGGGGCGACCACCGCUGA